AUGGAAAUUGAUCAUUAUGCUGUUUUAGGGUUACAAUCAGGCGAAGAAGGGGUAAAAUUAUCUCAAGCGGACAUUAAGAAAGCUUAUAGAAAUAAAUCCCUAGAAUUACAUCCAGACAAACGUCCUAAUGAUCCUAAUGCAAAUAUCAAUUUUCAAAAGCUUCAAUCAUCGUACGAUAUUCUUAGAGAUGAAACAGAGCGUAAACGCUUCGAUGAUCGUGUUCAACGCCUGCGUCAGUCAUCAGAUGAUAAAGAGAUAUGCCGUAAGCAGAUCAAAGAAUCUUUAGCAAAACUAAUUAGGACAACGAUCAACUAUUUUGCUCGUGAUUCUGGUAAUCUCACUCAAGAAGAUGCUGAGAUAUUGGCUGAGGCGACGAUGGCAACUGUAACCUUCAUCUGGAAAGCAUUUCCGAUUUGUAUUACUACUGGGAAAAAAUUCUACAAACUGUUUGUUCUUUCUAUUUAG